AUGUCGAUCGAUCGGAAGAUGACGGCAGGCACGACCCAGCAACUUCGACUCAACCUGAGCUUUCCCUUGCAGUCACUCAAGCAGCCCAAGACGCUACAUAUCAGGAAAACAUGUCUUCCCGAUCGCGGGGCGCACUGUCAGCCCACUCGGAGCUUGGCCAGUCGCAAUUACUCAGUCGCCGGGAUUUAUCCAAGCACGCCAUCCCUCAGCCUAGAACGUGAUUCUGCCGCGGAUGGUCGUCUAGCCAAUCAGUCUGAGCCGCGAUGUAGUGAAGAGUCUGAUCUGGCGCAUGAUAAAGUCGAGAAUUGGAAUUCGAGAGCACAUGCCCAUCUUCCUUUCCGGCCGGAUUUCACAUUGUUCGAGCCACUAGAACCCGCCGAUGACCCGUCUCAAGCAAACGCCAACGAUCACACCGUCCUUCAUCUCAAAUCUCGGGUCGAUACAAGUCUUGCUGAACGGCUAGUGUACUUGAUUCGAGACGAUCCUGAUGCGGCCGAGCAACUGAGAACUGAAAUCAUUAAAAGUGGCAUCAAUCUAUCCAGCAAUCUCAAAAUCACGUCUCACUGCUUUGACUUACUCUUUCAGGCGCAGGAUAUUGCAUCUUAUCUUGAAUGGCUUCCUCUCGUAGCUUCCUCUCAUCUUCAACAGACCAGCUCGCUGGAUAUACGACCACCUAUCUCGAUAUCUGAAGUGCAUCUGAAUUACAUUUUGAAGUCAUCCCCGAAUGAGCUCUCAUCGAUCUUGAAAUUCCUCGAAAUCCUGGUCGCCAAAGAGUGCUAUUCGAGGCACAUCGCUUUCACAGUGAUCAGACACCUUGUCCGAACCCAGACGCCUGCGACGACGAUCUCAGCAACUGAAAAGAUUUGCUCAAUCAUCAAAUCUUCUGACGAAUUGAUCAAGUCAUCUUACGAUUUUCUUGUAGUUCAGUUGGCCAACCAAGGACAUCUUUCGGAAGCACUCGAGAUCUUGUACACGCCUCAUCAGCAGUCCGACUCACGAGAAGGAUCCGGUUCGACUAACGCAUACCCGUUGACAUACCAAGCCUUGGCCGAUCAAAUGGUAUCUAGAAUCAAGGAUAAAUCUCAUCAAACAAGCCAGAAUUGGUCUGGCGAGCUGGAUCGAUUGAUUUCUCGCUGGCGGGAGGUACAUAAACCUAGUCUGAAUGCCUGGCUAGCCAAGAAAUCACAGACUCACAACUCACUCAAUCUCCAACCACUAACAAAACAAAUCUCCAAAAAAUACGUCAAAGUUUUCCAGAAUGCGAUCGGUGUUAAGCCUGAAAUCUGCCAUCAGAUCUCCUUGGAGAAACUGGAUCAUUUUACAAGCUAUUUCCGAUCUCUCUUCGAUCAAAACAAUCAUCCAAAGUUCGUCAAAGCAGCUCAACUGGCCAACGAAAUUCAUCAAUUCUUACCCCUGCGGAACUCGUUUCAAGAUAUUCUAGAAACGUUGCAGCCACAUCAAGUCGCUCAACAUGAAGGAACCGAGGAGCAGAUUCUGAAAUCAUUUGUUUUGAAUCCCCCAGUUCGACUAGGCGACAAGCCAGGGCAACCAAAAAUCUCAGCCGCACUGCUAUGUCCCAAGUUCGCCUUUGAAGCCCGCUCUGACAUCGUCUUCCUCUGGGCCCACAGUUGGAUGAUCUUUUACCAUCGAUCUGGACAGCCACGAAGAGCGAUCCAAAUAUUUCUAGAUUAUUUCAUUCCCGUAGGCUGUGAUGUGAAGCUACUCGACCAGAUCCGGUGGGGCCCGAAUGGGGACGGGAGUCCGUCGAGGACCCGAUCGAAUGAGUUCAGGUCGUCCACCGAUCCGACCAGACACCAAACCUACCACAAACUAAUCCAUCCUACCGUCGGCGUUCUGACGGUUCUAUACGACUCACUCCUCUCCAUCUGUCCUCCUAAAUUGAUCCCCAUAGUCUUCCACUCCUUUCUCACCCAACAUUUCCAUCAGCCGUCCGCCCCAUCGUCGGCCACCCAUCCGAAACUGAAUAAGCGUCUCGAGCCCAACCUCGGCUCCUUCCGGCCGUUUGUGCGAGCCUGCUUGAAAGCCAAAGACGUGGAUGGAGCCUUGAACGUCCUGGAAUCUAUGCACACACAUCUGGGCCAACUGGCGGAUGUCAAGACGGGUCGGAUCCAGGACGAAGGCGGAUGGAUCGAUCUGCUCGAAUGGUGCGCCAUCCAUUCCGCGGGCCCGAAACCGAAAGCAUUCGAUCCGAGCUACCAAUGGGGCGACCAACGCAAACGGAAGAUCAACGGCUGGGACGGGAAGAUGAAGGAAGAAUUGGUCUAUGCAGUCUUGCAAAAGUUCUUCUUCUUGAAGGCCCAUUCCAUGCCCCAGCCUCCCGUCCAUUCCGACCCCCCUCGACGCGUCUUUCUCGAACAAUCUCCGUCGGGCCGUGCUCUUUCACACCCUAAUCCUUCUAACAUCCGUCAUUCUAUCCAAGGUUCAAGGAUUUUUACGGGCAAGAAGAACGCUCUCAUCCAAUCAAAAUUAACGUUUCUUGAUCAUUCAUCACCAGCAUCAUCUACUCUGAUCUCUGCUCAAUUCCCUAGUCUAAAAUUAAUCUCUAAACUCAAAUUCGCUUUUUUUCUAGCUAAGAACUCUAACGGUUCCAAGAUGACUAAUCAAUUGUUACUGGCUUAUAAGUAA